UGUACUGUGGCGUUUGGUGAGGACUUCUGUUGAUCCGAAUUCAAAACAAAAAGCCUUCGACUCCAGAACUACUGGCAUUGAUUUGGUGGGAGUGAUGGUAUUUGCGUCAUACAGGAUUCUGAGUAGUUUGCAAUGGCGUCUGACUCCCCACGCAGACCGAGCCGCUGUGCUGGUGGGGUUGUGGUUCGAGCACAGGCUGCGACAGAGCAGUCUUACAUGGAAAGUGUAGUUACAUUCUUACAGGAUGUAGUCCCUCAGGCGUACACUGGGACACCGCCAAAUGAUGAAAAAGAAAAAAUCGUUUGGGUCCGUUUUGAAAAAACAGACAUCAAUGAUGUGGCUCGCUUACCAGAGUUCCAAGAGAUGCACGGCAGCAGCACUGACCCGCCUCUCUGCCUGAUGAUUGGCUACACUGAUGGAAUGCAGAUCUGGAGCAUAUCACUGAAUGGGGAGGCGCAGGAGCUGUUCUCGGUGCGGCACGGGCCCGUGCGAACGGCCAGGAUUCUGCCUGCCCCUCAAAUCAGUGAGUGUCAGUCACCGGGUUCACUCAAGACUGACAGCUUUGCUGAGAAACGGCCCCUCCUCGGUGUUUGCAAGAGCACGGGCUCUUCGGGGACAAGUCCCCCUUAUUGUUGUGUGGACCUUUAUUCCCUGAGAACAGGAGAGAUGGUCAAGUCCAUACAGUUUAAAACAUCCAUCUAUGACCUACACUGCAACAAAAGGAUCCUUGUUGUUAGUCUUCAAGAAAAGAUUGCUGCCUUUGACAGCUGCACCUUUAUGAAGAAGUUCUUUGUCACAAGCUGCUACCCAUGUCCUGGGCCCAACAUUAACCCUAUUGCUCUAGGAAGUCGGUGGUUGGCUUAUGCCGAGAACAAGCUGAUCCGGUGUCAUCAGUCCCGUGGUGGGGCCUGUGGAGAUAAUGCCCAGUCCUACACCGCCACUGUCAUCAGUGCUGCUAAAACGUUGAAGACAGGCCUGACCAUGGUGGGUAAGGUCGUGACCCAGCUCACUGGAACACUGCCAUCAGGGGUGCCCGACGAAGAGGGCACUGCCCACAGUUGCACCCGCCGCAGCCCUCACCAGCCUGGCGUGGUCACUAUCAUAGACAUGCACACUGUGGGAGAGGGGCAGGUUCUAGUUAGCGAGGAUUCAGACGGAGAGGGAGUGAUUGCACAUUUUCCAGCACAUGAUAAGCCUAUAUCCUGCAUGGCGUUUAAUCCAAGCGGUAUGUUGCUGGUGACUGCAGACACACUUGGCCAUGACUUCCACGUUUUUCAAAUCUUGACUCACCCAUGGGCAUCUUCCCAAAGUGCGGUUCAUCAUUUGUACACCCUUCACAGAGGAGAGACUGAGGCUAAGGUGCAGGACAUCUGCUUCAGCCAUGACUGUCGCUGGGUGGUCAUCAGCACUCUUCGUGGCACCUCACAUGUCUUUCCCAUCAACCCGUACGGCGGAGCGCCGUGCGCACGCACCCAUAUGUCUCCACGUGUGGUCAAUCGUAUGAGCCGUUUCCAGAAAAGCGCCGGACUGGAGGAGAUUGAACAGGAGCUAAGCAGCAAACAGAGCGGCCGAUGUAGCCCCGUUCCUGGCCUCUCUAGUAGCCCUUCUGGAUCACCACUACACGCCAAACUCACCAGUCAAGAAUCUUACAACAACUUCAACAACAACAUGGGUAACCCACGCCUGUCCCCACUACCCAGCUUGACUGUCUUGCUUCCUUUGGCACAGAUCAAGCAGCCGAUGACCUUGGGGACCAUCACCAAGCGCACUGGACCCUACCUCUUUGGGGCAGGAUGUUUUUCUAUUAAAACUCCAUGCAAAGCCAAGCUGGCUCCCCAGAUCUCCCCCAGUAAGUCUAUUGGUGGAGAGUUUUGCGUGGCUGCAGUCUUCGCAUCCUCUCGCUCUUGGUUCAUCACCAACCCCAACAUGAAGAGAGAGAAAGAUCAGUCACGCCAGGCCGUCGUUGAAUCCCUUUACAUCCUGAGUUGCUAUGGAAACCUGGUGGAGCAUGUGCUAGAGCCCCGGCCAAUCAGCACAGCGCAAAAGAUCGGCGACGACACACCCCUGGAGCUGAACACCUGUCCGAGAGCCUAUUGGAAUCUCACCAGGGCACCGCAGUGGAAUGAGCUACAACCACCUUUCAACAGCAACCACCCCUUGGUGCUGGCCUCAGACUUCGUGCAGUACCAUCAGUACCUCCUGGCUGGCUUGGUACCACCGGGCAGUCCUGGCCCCAUCACCCGACAUGAGUCUUAUGACAGCCUGGCGUCCGAUCACAGCGGCCAGGAGGAUGAGGAAUGGCUCUCUCAGGUGGAGAUUGUGACCCACACCGGUCCUCACAGAAGACUGUGGAUGGGUCCUCAAUUUCAGUUCAAGACCAUCCACCCGUCAGGUCAAACCACAGUCAUCUCAUCCAGUUCCUCUGUACUACAGUCCCAGGGGCCAAGCGACACGCAGCAGCCUCUGCUUGAUUUCGACACAGAUGACUUAGACCUCCACAGCCUCAGGAUCCAGCCGGUGCGGUCUGAGCCUGUUAGCAUGCCUGGAUCUUCUCGCCUGGUGGCCGACCGUAGAGGCCAAUCCACAGUCAUAGAUACCGGCUCAGGCACGUUUGACCGCAGUGUCACCCUGCUGGAGGUGUGCGGCAGCUGGCCUGAGAGCUUCGGCCUGCGUCACAUGUCCUCUGUGGAAGUCACCGAAGAGGGCCUAAAGGAGAGACUGGCAGACGCAAUGUCAGAGUCACCCAGCAGAGAAAUUGUAGGCUCUGGGACAGCAGAGCUGCUAAGGGAGGGAAGCAUCGAGACACUCAGCAAUAGCUCAGGUUCCACCAGUGGAAGCAUCCCCCGGAACUUUGAGGGCUACCGGUCCCCUCUCCCCACCAAUGAGAGCCAGCCCCUGAGCCUGUAUCCCACCGCAUUCCCCUAAAGCCAGCUUUCCCGUGCUCAUCUCGGACCUGAGGAAGCCUCUCUUCGCCUUUGGACAAUCUUGACAGUACAACCACAUCAGAGAGACUACACUAUCUCGGUCUCCUUACCAAGUCUUUUCUGCGAUAUCUUUGCUCCGAUGGCUGUUAUUUGAAAUGUUGAUUUUCCUUUAAUCAAACCAGGCAUGCACAGAUAUAGGAAAACAUUGCGCAAUCAGGACCAGAGUUUAGACUAGAAUUUAAUUUUCUCACCGAUAAGAUCCUUUAUUAUCAUUUCACUACCCUUGUAGGUCGAGAAAUUAUUGUGAUGUAGCUUUCAUUUGAGAGAGAAAGUGCUCUGAUCUAAUGUCCUAAAGGAAUUGGUUGGAGUCGCAAUUUUCAGAAAACGUGUCAUAUUUCCAGUAUCAUUAUCAAUCGAAUUUCCAGUGUGUAGGUGUGUGAGUUUCAGCUUGAGGUCAUUAAGCAUUACAAUGCAAUACAUUUGUUUUGUUUGUUUUUUAAUCUAAGUGAUGAUUGAGUUGCUGUACAAUUGAAACCAUUUCCUUAAGCAUAACUGCCUUCCAAUAAUGCUGAGAAAAACUUCAGUGCUUAUGAAGAUCUGUUUGGUAAAGCAACACGUGUUGCUAACAAUAUUUAGACAAAUAGUGUUUUGAUCUGUUUCAGUUGAUGUACUGUAGUUAACAGCUGCAAAAUCUUAGACGUUUAUGUUUUAUUUGAUAGGUAAUGAAAAUUGGUUACAUUUACAAUCUAAAAGUUGUUUAUCUUGUGUUACAUAGUGUUUAUUAUUUGGCACAUUUGUUCUUUAUAUUUGUGUUGUAGCCAAAGUAUUUGAUUUUUUUUUUUUUUUUUUAACCAUAGAUAAUUUCUUUUGCUGGUUUGAUUUUCUUUGCUUUCUUUUUAAUGCCUUUCAGUUUAUGGAUAUAUGUGAGAUUUAUUGCAUUUUCUAGAAGGGUUGUUUGUUUUACAGAUGUCUUGUUUCCAUGUUUGAAUGGUUUAUUGGCUGUGUGCAAGGCUGGUGUUCAACAGUGGCAUGCUCAAGUUUCUAAAGCAAAUUUAAUUUAGCUCAUAAGGUGAGUUAGAUGUCUAUCCAAACUUAUGGAUCAAGUUCCCUCACACACAUCAACAUCUUUAUAAUCAUUAUAAUUAUAUACUCGCUUAUUUAACCAAUUUAUAUUGUUCAUUUAGAAAAAAGUCUUUAAUCUGGGAUUGAAGUUCGGUGCAUGUUGAAAACCUGAGUAGCUAUAUGGAAAAGAAACAUGUCAGGGUUUGUUCACCAUAAUUUAUAAUAGACAAAGUUGGCAUGAUUUUAUGUGUAAAUGCAGUGCAGAUGCUUUGUAUGGAUGACAGUAUUUUUUGUAAUAAUACUAAAGUAAUCUUGUUAUGAAAUAGGGAUUUAUGCAAAGGAAAUUAAUGAUUAUUCUAUACAUUUGUGUGUUUGCUUAAUAGAGUAUAUGUGCAUUUUGA